AUGGACACCGAGGAGUAUAAGGGAGCCCAUUUAGCGUUUAAGUCACGCUGGCACAAGACAGAUGAGGAACUCUGUCGGCACAGCAUGUCCUUCAUUCUCCACAAGGCUAUUCGGAAUGAUUUCUUCCAGAGUUAUCUCUACUUGCUGGAGAAGCUGCCUCUAGUCAAACUGUAUGCUCUGACCAGUGAAGUCAUCAAUGGUGAAAUGCAAUUCUACGCGAGAGCCAAGCAUUUCUACAAGGAGGUGCCAGCAUCAGAAGAAGGCAUGAUGGGAGACUUCAUUGAGUUGUCCAGAACAGAUACUGAAGCCUCCAGAGAAUUCCUUAGGGAGUUUGUAGGGGGCCCUGGCAAAGCCAGCACCGACUUUGCCCUUGACUGUGGCUCAGGAAUUGGUCGGGUCAGCAAAUAUGUCCUUCUUCCUUUCUUCAAGCACGUAGAGCUGGUGGACAUGAUGGAGAAUUUUCUGGCAGAAGCCCAGAACUAUUUGCGUGGCCAGGAAAAAAAAGUCAACAUGUAUUAUUGUUGUGGGCUCCAGGAUUUCACGCCAAUACCCAAAAAGUAUGAUGUCAUCUGGAUUCAGUGGGUUUCAGGAAAUCUGACAGAUAAGGACUUGCUAGGGUUCCUUAUCCGCUGCCAGAACGGCUUGAAGGAAAAUGGCAUCAUCAUCCUCAAGGACAAUGUGGCUCGCCAAGGCUGUGUCUUGGAUCAGAUGGACAGCAGCGUGAUCCGAGAUCUCAACAUCCUCCGGAGCCUUAUUGAAAAGAGUGGACUCACCAUCCUAAGACAGGAAAGGCAAAAGGGCUUUCCGGAGACGUGUGUGCCUGUCUGGAUGAUAGCCAUGCAGAAGAAUCCCAUGCACCCCAGAAAUGGGGUGACUGAAAUGGGUCUGGAACUCAAGGACUUUGAGUCAAGAGAGAGACACUCAGAAGUGGCCCAUGGUAAACCCCGUUAACACCAGCCUACAUUAACGUAAUCAUAAGAAACGAUUACAAAAUGGUCACAAGAGC